AAUGUUAAAGGAUGGAUUUGAAAAUAUUCGUAUUUCUGUCGUGGAGUAUCUUCUCAUUUUUCCUGCUGGAUGUCGCGCAUGGAGACAUGAGCUAUUCUUUACCGGAGGAGAUGAAACGAGGAUCAGUUAUUGGAAAUAUCGCCAAGGAUCUCGGGCUGCAGACAGGAGCGCUGACCACUAGAAGAGCUCGCGUUGACACUGAGAAAAAGGAUAAACGUUACUGUAACAUAAAUCUGAAGAAUGGAGAGCUGGUUGUAGCAGAGAGGAUUGACCGAGAGGAGCUUUGUGGCGAAAAGGCUUCAUGCAUUUUAAAACAGGAACUAGUUCUGGAAAACCCUCUAGAACUGCAUCGGAUCAGCCUUCAUGUUCAAGAUAUUAAUGAUAACUCUCCGGAGUUCAACGAAGAAUUAAUUAAUCUUGAAAUUUCGGAGUCAGCUGAUAGGGGAGCUCGCUUUGUGAUCGAGGAGGCGCACGACGCGGAUGUAGGACAAAAUUCAGUUCAGCAGUACAGCCUCGAAAAGAAUGAAAAUUUCAUUCUGGCCGCAAAAGGAAACACUGUGGAGCUUGUUUUAGACAAAGAGCUUGAUCGCGAAAAACAGAAGGAAAUACAUUUGCUCCUUACAGCUUUAGAUGGUGGAUCUCCUCAGAGAUCAGGUACAGUGGUCAUACAUGUAACUGUGCUGGAUGCUAAUGAUAACGCCCCAGUGUUCAGUCAGGCCGUUUAUAAAGCCAGUCUGCCUGAAAACUCUCCUUUAGAUACUGUAGUGGUUACAGUGAGCGCAACUGAUGCAGAUGAUGGAGUGAAUGGAGACGUGACUUAUGAUUUUGGGCAUGUUACUGACGAAGUUAUAAAAACAUUUAAUAUCGAUAGUAAAAGUGGAGAAAUACGUGUGACUAAUUUCGUAGAUUAUGAGGCGUCAGUCACAUAUGAAAUCCGCGUUAAAGCAAAGGAUGGUCUGGGGCUGUCAUCUUAUGCCAAGGUAAUUAUUUCUAUUACUGAUGUGAAUGACAACGCCCCUAUAGUGAGUCUGAAAUCACUGACCAAUCCCAUACCAGAAGACACCCCAGCUGGUACAGAGGUUGGCAUCAUUAAUGUACAGGAUAGAGACUCAGAAUAUAAUGGACAGGUCCACGGCUCCGUCCAACAAAACGUCCCUUUUAAAUUAGUUCCUUCGAUUAAAAACUAUUAUUCUCUGGUGACCACAGGAAACCUGGAUCGUGAAUUAGUGUCUGAUUACAAUAUUACAAUUACUGCUACUGAUGAGGGCUCUCCACCUCUGUCCUCCUCAGAAACUGUUCAGUUAUUUAUUGCUGAUAUUAACGAUAACCCACCUGUGUUCAAGGAACAGUCCUAUAGCGCGUAUAUAAAUGAAAAUAACAAACCUGGCUCCACUUUAUGUUCUGUUUCUGCCCAAGACCCAGACUGGAGACAAAACGUGUGCGCAUCGGAGCUGUUCUAUAUAAAUGAGAAUAACGCGCUGACUUGA